CGGCGAGCGGAGCCGGAAGUUCCGGGUCACGCCGCCCACGUCCACGCGUCCUGAAAGCUGGAAGCCGCGAGCAUGGCGGCGGCCCGGAGGGUGCUGUGCCUCUUCGACGUGGACGGGACCCUGACUGCCCCGCGGCAGAAAAUCACCAAAGAAAUGGACGACUUUCUCCAGCGACUGCGGCAGAAGAUGCCAAUCGGAGUGGUCGGCGGGUCGGACUUGGAGAAAGUGCAGGAGCAGCUGGGAGACGACGUGGUUGAAAAAUAUGAUUAUGUGUUCCCAGAAAACGGGCUGGUGGCCUACAAGGACGGGAAGCUCUUGUGUAAACAGAGCAUUCAAGGCCACCUGGGCGAGGCCCUAAUCCAGGACUUGAUCAACUACUGUCUGAGCUACAUCGCCAAGGUCAAGCUCCCUAAGAAGAGGGGCACGUUCAUCGAGUUCCGGAACGGCAUGCUGAACGUGUCCCCGAUCGGAAGGGGCUGCAGCCAGGAGGAGCGUGUGGAGUUCUGCGAGCUGGACAGGAAAGCAAACAUCAGGCAGAAGUUCGUGGAAGACCUGCGGAAGGAGUUUGCGGGGAAGGGCAUCACGUUCUCCAUAGGGGGCCAGAUCAGCAUCGACGUGUUCCCUGACGGCUGGGACAAGAGGUACUGCCUGGGCCACGUGGAGGAGGGCAACUACGAGACCGUCUACUUCUUUGGGGACAAGACCAUGCCGGGAGGCAAUGACCACGAGAUCUUCACAGACCCCAGGACAGUGGGCUACACGGUGACAGCACCCGAGGACACACGCCGGAUCUGCCAGGAGCUCUUCUUCCCCUGACGCGGCCUGUCAGCUGCGCCACGCAGAGGGAGGGGUGGCUCUGACCCCACACUCCGCACAGAAGCCCUCAGACUUGGGGUCUGGGCUUCAUCUUUCCAGAAGGGCCCAGAAAGAACAGAGGUGCCCCACCCCCCAGAUGAGAGGUGGCAGGACCACCCGACUGGAAUCAGCCUGAAGUGAAGCUUGGGUGCUGGACAGACACCCUGGCUGGGCUCACUCGGCCAUUGGGACGGGUGCAAAGGUGCCACCACUUGGAGACCUGGGCCGGACUGUGACCUUCAGUGCCGGCUGCCUUCUGUCCACUCUCCUUGGGGCGCCUGACUGGAUUCCAAGGCCGCACCUUCCUUCCCCAGGGAGGAUGGCCGAUUAAACCCCUCUCCUGGUG